AUGUCGAUCGAAGAACGUGAGAGGAGGGUCUUGGAGGAUGUGGCCAGGAUCCAGAAUAACCUGGUGAAUCUGAUCAUUAAGAAGAGCAAGCCAAGGCAGCUGUCGGAAUCGGUCCGUGAGAAGGAAGAAGUCUUCACGACUAUCAUCAAGGAACUCACGGCUCAGAGGGAGUGUUUCAAUCGACUGCUACCAUCCAGUGUAUCCGAUGACUCCUCCGACACUUCAGGGAGGAGUGAUGGGAGCUCAAGUCACCUUACUGUUGCUGACACUGGAGGAGCUUUGGCAGCCGACUUGUUGAAGGGGGUCGGGGCCCUGAGGGAAGCGGAUAGAGCAGAAACCACUUGCAAGAGGAAGUGGACUGCACUACUCACGGAGCUGCGAGCACAGCAGCAGAAUAUCAAGGUGCUCCGACGAGCUGUGGACGACAAGCUGAGUACGCCCAUCGUUGACGCUCUCGAGAGAUUGAGGGCAGAUCUGAGCCCGGUCAUUGGCGAGGAGGAUGGAGGUCGAUCCCUCAGGGUGAUCCUUGAGGCGCUAGAGGCUGCAGAUCGACAACAUCGGACGAUGCAAAAGAGGCUCAUUCAAAUCACUGCCAAAUACGAAGCUGUAAGAGGAUCACUGAAGUCGAUUCAGGAUACCGCAGAUGAGGAGAAGGAAGCACUACGAGACGCCUUGAUUGAAGCGCGAACUGGCGGCGGAGCGAUGCGCGUGGCUGAGCUCAACGGAGCACUCAAACACGCGGGAGAGCGAUGUGCAGCGGCACUGGAGGAGAACAAGGGGCUUAGGGCCACGCUGAGGGACCUUGUGGGCCUGGUCAGUGAGGACAAGGUCCCUGACCUCGUGCGGAGGUAUCUUGAUGGGAAGGAGUCGGCAGCAGUUGACGAGGAAGCCCCCGUUGGAAAUGCUCGGGUGCAGAUCCUUGAGGAUGAAGCCUUGAAAGCUACAGAGGAGUUGAGGGCGGCUGAGAGGACCAUCAAAGAUCAGAGUGUGUACCUGGCCACUCCUGAGGCUAGCACUUCUCCGUCAGACGAGAGGAUUGAAUCCCUGCUGGUUGCUGUCGGCCAGAGACAGUCGGAUCGCCGCUCUCGAGCUGGAGGUCCGGACCUUACGGCGCGAGUUGGGCGACCAGAGUCGAGAUUAUGGAAAGACGGUAAGCGUAAGCGGAUGAACUCCGUAUUACAGAUGCCUUGUUCACUCCCCUUUACUAUUGAUAAGCAUCUUCGACCUGUGGGUAUCCCCCAUCAGAUCGAAAGAGUGUUGACGAGCGAGCCUCCGUCCUCUACGCGGGUUGGAGAUGUAUUGCAAUUGUAUCGUCAAGAGCAGCGAGAGGGCCCUGAAGCUGCAGAGCCGGCUAUAGCGCGCACUGAUGAUGAACCUGGACCGCCACUGAAGGGAAGGCAAGACGAGACGGUAGGGAUGCAGAUUGAUCGAGAGCUCCAGAAGGAAUGCCGUGCUGAGAGCAUCCCGGGCAGCGGCGUGUAUGAGGAUGACGAUGGAAUCAGUUGCCUCUUCGACAAGCGCACGGAGUCUGAUGCCUUCGAGUGA